UUUCAGACACUAAUUUGCAUAAUUACUAAUUACUCCCUCAAACUAUGAGAAUACCAUGAUCUUUAUUAAUAAUGCCUUGAUGUAUUUAUGGUACUACAUAGUACAUAAUCUUCAGGAAGCAAAUUUCAUUGUCUAAAGACUUGUGUUCUCAAUUAUCAACACCCAGGGAGGCUUUAUUUCCAUGCUGCAGCACUAAAUUAGAUGCUGAGUCACAUAACCAAAAAUCGUGCAUGCUUAUCUAGUGCAUUCAACAAAUUUUGUAUAACUCUGUCUCGAAUAAACAAUGGCUGAAGCAUCAAUAAAUGACAAAUCAGACAGUAGUUCUUUUGAAGAUUUAUCAAUUCCCAAUGAGAAUGAGGUGCUUGAAACUGGUAAUACUGCCAAAACGAAAACUGAUCUCAAUACACCAGUGAAUACUGAAGAAAACGAAGAGGUGAACACCGAAGAAAACAAAGAGGAUAAGAAGGAUGAUGUGGGUGUUCUGGAUAUUUUGGGAAAUGGACAGCUUGUUAAAACUGUUAUCAAAAAAGGUAUACCUGAUACGAGACCACAAAGACACGAUUUAUGCACAGUUACUUAUGAGGGUUCUUUAUCAAAUGGGCUUGUUGUAGACAAAGCAGAGAAAGCAAUUGUACAACUUGGUGAUAAUGAAGUAAUACAGGGGCUGGAUCUUGCUCUGGCACUAAUGGAUACAGAAGAAGAAUGUGAGUUAUAUGUUGCCUCAAGAUUUGCAUUUGGAGAUAUAGGUAACGGGAGUGUGAUUCCACCAAAUUCUAACUUAACAUAUAAAAUUACUUUAUGGGAAGCUAGAGUUGAAAAUGAUCUUGAAACCAAAACAAUUUCAUCUAGAAAAAUCAUUGGAAACAAAAAGAGGGAACGUGGAAAUUGGUGGUACAGCCGUAAUGAGCAUACUCUUGCUAUCCAUAGUUAUCGAAGGGCUUUAGAGUACUUAGAUGAUGUUGAAGGAGGUAUCAUAGAUCCAGGUCCAGAUGGUGAAUAUAAGGUCACAGACUCAGAUUUGCAGCAACUGUUAGAAGAUAGAGUGAAAGUAUAUAAUAAUAUGGCUGCAGCGCAAAUGAAAAUUGAAGCUUGGGAUCAAGCACUAAAAAGCCUUGAAAACGUUCUAGGUUGUCAGCCUAACAAUGUAAAAGCCUUAUUUCGCAAAGGAUCGGUUCUGAUAUCAAAAGGAAAUACUCAAGCGGCACUAACAGUGCUGAAAAAAGCACAAGUCUUGGAUCCUAAUAAUGUAACAAUACAACAAGAACUCCAGCGAUUACAAAAAAAAUCGAAAAAUGAAGCUAAACAUGAACAAAAUUUAUACAAAAAAAUGUUAGGACAGCCUAUAACUAUUAAAGAGAGCAGUCAAGCAAAAGCAAGUGGGAAAAGUGCUGGGAAUAAGUUGAAGACUUACUUUUGUGUUGCUGGAUCCGUGGCAGUUGGAAUCAUUGGUGUUUUAGCUUAUCGAUAUAAGUACAUGUGACUGGAGGCUUCAGAGUGAUCUUAGUUCUCAUCAUUGAAAAUAAAAAUAACUGAAAAGGACAUGAAUUUUGUUAAAAACA